AUGGACCAGCUCGACCAAAAUUUCGAUCAAAUGAUGGUAAAAGGGGAUGUUUUUGGUCGUACUCAAUUAAAGCAGGAAAUCAGGGCUCUAACGACAUCCGCUGGCGGACUUACCUUCAUUACCGGAAGCCGCAGCAUUGGUAAAACUCGCCUCCUCAAAGAAAUCUCUGAAGACUACAAGCACCCCACCAGUGAGGUCAUGCUGGUGUAUGUGGAUGGAAGAGAUGGAAGCUUAGCUCGAGGUAUAAGAAAGGCUUUGGAAGAACUGGCAGAGAAUAAGUGGUACCAGAAAGUCGAUUUCUCGAAAGUCGGAAAGCUCGUGGCGGCUGGGAAGACUGCUAUUAAGCCACUCACAGCCUCUCAUCCGACAACAGAUGCAGCUGUCGAAGCAGCAUCGUGUGGACUAAUGGAAGUGUUCGCCCGUCUUGCAGGCAGCGACAGCGAAGAAGCAGACCUUGUUGAGCUCAUUGCCGAUCUGGCCCUUGAACAACAGAAAAAACCUUGUCUGGUUAUCGAUGAGGCGAACCGAAUUGCUACAGCGGAAGAUACCUCGGUGAUGGCCAAAAUAGUGAAGAACACAAAAGUGAAGUGCCAAAUGAGCAUCAUGCUGUGUACAUCCGUCCACGCUUACCCUCGGAAGAUGAACGAGCAAUGUCAACUCGAUUUUGCUGAGUUCCGCUAUGUGGAACCAUGCUCCAAUUAUUUUGGAGAAAUCAUGUAG